AAAUUUGUUUCUUUCAUAUCAUUUUUUUUACUGUUUUUUUUUGCUGAAGCAAGCAUUUUUGGAUUUGAUAAGCUUUGCUUUUUUGUGUUUUUAUUCCAUUUUUUUUUUAUUGGUAGGAUGUCAUUAACUACGACAACUGAGCCGUAUGUACCGGGUACGAUCCCGUUUGCUCAGUAUUUAGAGCAGUUGGAGUUCUUAUUCGAGCAUAAUAAUUACUCCGCUGACAAAUAUAAGAUUUCCUUUUUGGCCGUUUGUGGCACCGAGGUUUUUAACCAGGUCAAGCUCCUAUUCCCAGGUCAAAAUAUCAAGGACUUGACUUACAGGCAAAUUACUGACGAAUUGAAGAGAAGAUAUGACAAGAAAGACUCCGACGUGAUUCACACGUACAGGUUCUGGACCCGCAGGCAAGGUCAGCAUGAAAAAUCCGAGGAUUUCGUGCUGGCAGUGAAACAAUUGGCCGAACUGUGUGAUUUUGGGAAUUUCAAGGACCGUGCUAUCCGUGUUGCGCUAGUGAUUGGGACAUUCGACAGGCAGUUGCAGAAGAGGUUGUUUGAUGAGGAGGACCUGACAGCUGCUAAAGCGGAAAAGCUUAUCGUGAAUCAGGAGUUGUCAUCUGAUAGGACUCGUUUGGUGAACCGUGAUGAGGAGAAGCGAGUCAGUGUUGUAGCUAGGUUGGGUAGACGAGUUGAGCGAGGACCAGCUGGGCAGAGUUUCCGUGGCAGGAGUAGAAGUUUCGAUCGCGGCCAUUCUUAUUAUUCUAGGAGUAGAAGCGGAAGAAGAAAUGGGGAGCAUGACUCGGAAAAAGUUUUCACUUGCUCUUUUUGCCAUAAGACCGGGCACACAAAAAGAUUUUGCUUUAGGCUGAAGAGGAAGAGCCCAAGAAAAAGUCCUCGGAAAGACAAACCUUUUGUUAAGUUCAUCGACUCUCCUAAGCCAUCAUCCUCUAACACAUCGGGGCUUUUCAAGAGGUUGAAACGGGAUCUAGCUUCCGACUCUGAUGAUGACGAGUCGCCUUGUAUGAUGAUUGCUGCCAGGACUAGAGCCAACGAACCAUGCUAUGUCGAUGUUCUGGUACAGAAGAGGCGUUUGACCAUGGAAGUCGAUUGUGGAUCCGCUGAGACUGUAGUUUCCGAAGCUUUUUAUUCAAAUAACUUAUCUAAACUUCCCAUCGAGGAUAGUCGACGGAAACUUUAUGUUAUCGAUGGCAACAGACUCAGCAUUUUGGGCAAAGUGAAAGUUUCGGUUAGUUUGAAUGGAGUAGUGGAGGAACUUUAUCUGAUCGUGCUGCAUGGAGACAAGGACUUCGUACCGCUGAUGGGUCGCAGCUGGUUGGAUAUAUUCUACGCAGGGUGGAGGAACACCUUUUCCCGUCAAAUUUUGCCGAGCCAACGUGUAAACGCCGUAACCAAUGAGAAUGCGAGGGAAGAAGCUGUAGAAGAAAUAAGGAAUUUCCUUGGGCGGCCGGAUCGUUUCGGCGCAUAAGCGACAGAUUAAGAUCCCGGAAGACUCUCGCCGCCGAGUUUCUCGUCGUUUUGUUUUGACCGGAGAGAGCCCGACACAGCCUUUAGCAGGGCCAAGCAACAGCGCAAGCACAAGCAAUGGAAACAAACGGAAAAGAAGCGAAGAGGACUCGUCUGAAGAUUCUGACUCAGAUUUUUAUGGCUUCGCGGCCGACUCCUUUUUAUUUGGGGAGGAGGUACCACCAUGUUUGGGCGUUCAGUCGGAUCGGAAUUUGGUAUCUCAAGAUGCCCUAUCGAGCUCUCAGCGUCUGGAGCAGCCCGUUCUACUAGACAAAGAUAGAAGAAUCCAGGACGAUGUGCAACACCGGCGAAGCAAGAGGAACCCGAAGAAACGGAGAAAGUGUGAUUUUGUGUAUUAUUGAAUUGCAAGGAUUUUUGAUGUGAAGCAUGGAUUUUAAUGUGUUCUAUUUUGAGCGAUCUAUUUUAGGAGUAUUUAUUGUAGUUUUGGCUUCAGAAUUAGUUGAAUAUAAUAUGCACAGGUUCAGGCUUCAGUAAUACGCGGUAAUACUCAGAACUAGGAAUUUUGCGAAUUGUAUGAGUGAAUUCUAAACGGGGUAGAAGUUGUAGUAGCUAGACGCGUUCGGUAAAUAGGACAAACCCUCUGGUAGGGUUCUCAUACAUGCUCUGAGAGAGAGUAGCCGAAGAGUGAAGCAUGGGCUUCAGAUAUUACCGAAUACGAUAAUAAAGUUUAGUUUUAUUUCGACUA